GCUGCCAAUCCUGCGCCGGAUGCAAACCGCGGUGCUGCGGGUGGGGCGUCAGGUGAGAGAGUGUGGGUCCCGGGUCUGCCCCUUGGCUUCUGAGGGCUGAUCGGUCGGGGCCUACGGUGUGCGGGAGGUGGGGCCCGGGAGCCAGGCGGGAGCCCAGGAGCGCUCUGCGGGAGCCCGUGGAGACCGCGCCCGCGUCCUCUCAAGCCAGCGUCUGAUCGACAGCGCCCGCCUGCUGGGAAGCACCCUGUGCUGUCCGCUUGUCCCGGCCCCAGGUUCUCCCACUUGCCUCCGCGCCUCCCUACCCACACAGGCGCCACUGCAGUGGUCACAGACGCAUGAAAUUCCUUCACUUAUCCCCUUCCCGCCUCACCCACGCUACCUUCCUGCCAUUCAUCGAUGAGGAUUUAUUGAAUGCCCACUCUUGACGCUGUGCAAAUCAACCCGGGUCCCUGGCCACGAACCUUGGUCUUUAUCCAUCAUAUGUAAGGAGGGGAUGAUUUGGUGAUGGGGUGCUCUCAUUGACUGAUGGACCCAAAGAAGAGAAGCUCCACAGAGGCAGAAGGGUCCAAAGAACGAGGCCUUGUCCAUGUCUGGCAGGCUGGAUCCUGUUCUGUAACACCAGAGAGAUUGCCAGGCUGGGGAGGAAAGACGGUUCUUCAAGCAGCCCUUGGAGUGAAACACGGUGUUCUUCUGACUGAAGAUGGUGAGGUCUACAGUUUCGGAACUCUUCCCUGGAGAAGUGAACCAGCAGAGAUUUGUCCUAGUAGCCCCAGUCUAGAAAGUGCCCUGGUUGGGCAACAUGUUGUUACUGUGGCCUCAGGGAGUUUUCACAAUGGAGCGGUGACAGAAAGUGGCGUAGUAUACAUGUGGGGUGAGAACUCUGCGGGCCAGUGUGCAGUGGCUAACCAACAAUAUGUUCCAGAACCAAAUCCUGUCAACAUUUCUGAUUCUGAGACUAGUCCUUUGUUAGCAGUCAGAAUUUUGCAAUUGGCAUGUGGCGAGGAGCACACUCUGGCAUUGUCAAUAAGCAGAGAGAUUUGGGCAUGGGGUACCGGUUGUCAGUUGGGCCUGAUUACCACUACCUUCCCUGUGACAAAACCACAAAAGGUGGAACAUCUUGCUGGUCGAGUAGUGCUACAAGUUGCCUGUGGUGCGUUUCACAGCUUAGCACUUGUACAGUGCCUCCCUUCCCAGGAUCUGAAGCCAGUCCCAGAAAGAUGCAACCAGUGCAGCCAGCUCUUAAUUACUAUGACUGACAAAGAAGACCAUGUGAUUAUAUCAGACAGUCAUUGCUGCCCAUUAGGCGUGACACUGUCAGAAUCCCAGGAAGGGAAUCAGGCCAGCACUGCCAUCAGCCCCUACACUGAAACCCUUGAGAGUCAGGGAGAAGUAUUUGAGAACACUCCUCCGCUAGAAAAAGAUGUUCCCGUUGCUACAGAACUGAAAGUUGAGAAUGUUCAGGCCACAAGUAGUGGCGAUGCCAUUUCCUCUCAACAAGACAUCAUGGGAACUACUGAAGUUUCUUCUGCCAGAAGUAUACCAUCAAACCCUGACUCUCAGGCUGUACAUGAGUGCAGGCGGAAACAGUCGGAUCACUCAGUGACAGAGAAUUCAGGGAACAGUGAAAAACCAGUGCCAUCUCAGCCUCUUAUAGAAGAAGCAGCUCCUAACCUUCACAGCCCACCAACCACAAGCACCUCAGCCCUAAACAGCCUAGUGGUCUCUUGUGCAUCUGCUGUUGGUGUGAGAGUGGCUGCCACAUACGAAGCUGGAGCCUUGUCUCUUAAGAAAGUCAUGAACUUUUAUAGUACAGCCCCCUGUGAGCCUGGCGCUCAGGCAGGCAGUAGUUGCAUAGGCCCAGAAGGUCUGAAAGAUAGCAGAGAAGAGCAGGUUAAGCAGGAGUCAAUGCAAGGAAAGAAAAGUUCAAGUCUUGUGGAUAUCAGAGAAGAAGAAUCAGAGGGAGGUAGCCGAAGACUCUCCCUCCCUGGAUUGUUGUCGCAAGUUUCCCCCCGGCUCUUAAGAAAAGCUGCAAGGGUGAAAACACGGACAGUGGUUCUGACCCCCACGUACAGUGGAGAAGCAGAUGCACUGCUGCCUUCUCUGAGAACAGAGGUGUGGACUUGGGGGAAAGGGAAGGAAGGUCAGCUGGGGCAUGGCGAUGUUUUGCCCAGGCUUCAACCAUUGUGUGUAAAAUGUCUAGACGGUAAAGAAGUCAUUCAUCUGGAAGCAGGUGGUUACCAUUCUCUUGCACUGACUGCGAAAUCCCAGAUAUACUCAUGGGGUAGCAAUACCUUUGGUCAACUUGGGCAUUCUGAUUGUCCGACUACAGUUCCUCGUCUUGCAAAGGUAAACAGUGAAAAUGGAGUUUGGAGCGUAGCUGCAGGCCAUGAUUAUUCCCUUUUUUUAGUGGAUACUGAAGACUUCCAGCCUGAGUUAUAUUACAGCGGCCGACAGGACCCUACAGAAGGUGACAACCUUCCAGAAAAUCCCAGUGGUACUAAGAAUCCAGUUCUCCUCUCCUGUAGUAAGCUUGGCUAUAUAAGCAGAGUGGCUGCAGGAAAAGACAGCUGUCUAGCCUUGGUGGACAAAAACAUUAUGGGAUAUAUUGCCAGUCUCCAUGAGUUGGCUACCACAGAAAGACGGUUUUAUUCAAAACUAAGUGAUAUCAAAUCUCAGAUUCUCAGGCCUCUUCUCAGUUUAGAGAAUUUGGGCUCUACAAGUACAGUCCAGCUGUUGCAGGAGGUGGCCAGCCGAUUCAGCAAGCUGUGUUACCUGAUUGGUCAGCACGGAGCCUCGCUGAGCAGCUUCCUUCACGGGAUAAAGGAAGCCAGGAGUUUGGUGAUUCUGAAGCAUGCGAGCCUCUUCCUGGAUAGUUACACAGAGUAUUGCACAUCUAUUACAAAUUUCCUGGUUAUGGGAGGAUUCCAGCUUCUUGCUAAGCCUGCCAUUGAUUUCCUAAAUAAAAACCAGGAACUGUUGCAGGAUUUAUCAGAAAUGAAUGAGGAAAACACACAGUUGAUGGAAAUACUGAAUACCUUGUUUUUCUUGCCAAUCAGACGACUUCAUAACUAUGCGAAAGUUUUGUUAAAGCUUGCUACUUGCUUUGAAGUGACAUCUCCAGAAUACCAGAGACUGCAGGAUUCCAGUUCUUGUUAUGAGUCUCUUGCUCUCCAUCUCGGCAGGAAAAGGAAAGAAGCAGAGUACACCCUGGGCUUCUGGAAGACGUUUCCUGGGAAAAUGACGGAUUCCUUGAGGAAGCCAGAACGUCGACUGCUGUGUGAGAGCAGUAACCGAGCCCUAUCCCUGCAGCACGCUGGGAGGUUUUCUGUGAAUUGGUUCAUCCUUUUUAAUGAUGCCCUUGUCCAUGCCCAGUUCUCCACACACCAUGUUUUCCCGUUGGCCACACUCUGGGCAGAGCCACUUUCUGAAGAAGCCGGUGGCGUGAAUGGCUUAAAGAUAACUACGCCUGAGGAACAGUUCACUCUCAUUUCAUCAACACCCCAGGAAAAGACUAAGUGGCUACGGGCUAUCAGCCAAGCUGUGGAUCAGGCUUUGAGGGGAACAUCUGAUCUUCCACCUUAUGGCAGUGGCAGCAGUAUUCAGAGGCAGGAGCCACCCAUUUCUCGCAGUGCCAAGUACACUUUCUACAAGGACCCUCGCCUAAAGGAUGCAACUUACAAUGGACGCUGGCUUUCAGGGAAGCCUCAUGGCAGAGGUGUUUUGAAGUGGCCAGAUAGAAAGAUGUAUUCUGGCAUGUUCCGGAAUGGCUUGGAAGAUGGGUAUGGAGAAUAUAGAAUUCCAAACAAAGCACUAAACAAAGAAGACCAUUAUGUGGGCUAUUGGAAAGAAGGAAAAAUGUGUGGUCAAGGAAUCUACAGUUAUGCCUCUGGUGAAGUGUUUGAAGGCUGCUUUCAAGAUAACAUGCGUCAUGGGCAUGGUCUCCUACGAAGUGGAAAAUUGACUUCCUCUUCUCCCAGUAUGUUCAUUGGCCAGUGGGUAAUGGAUAAGAAAGCAGGAUAUGGUGUCUUUGAUGAUAUCACUAGGGGAGAGAAGUAUAUGGGAAUGUGGCAAGAUGAUGUAUGUCAAGGGAAUGGUGUGGUAGUUACCCAAUUUGGAUUAUACUAUGAGGGCAACUUUCACCUUAAUAAAAUGAUGGGAAAUGGAGUUUUACUUUCUGAAGAUGACACUAUCUAUGAGGGAGAAUUUUCAGAUGACUGGACUCUCAGUGGAAAGGGAACACUGACUAUGCCAAAUGGAGAUUACAUUGAAGGUUAUUUUAGUGGAGAGUGGGGAUCUGGGAUCAAAAUCACUGGAAGCUACUUCAAGCCUAGUUUGUAUGAUAGUGAUAAAGACAAACCUAAAGUUUUCAGGAAGCUAGGAAGCCUAGCAGUGCCCGCUGAUGAGAAAUGGAAAGCGGUGUUUGAGGAAUGUUGGCGUCAGUUGGGCUGUGAGCACCCAGGCCAGGGGGAUGUUUGGAAAGCAUGGGACAACAUCGCUGUGGCCCUGACCACUAGUCGGCGCCAGCACAGAGACAGUCCAGAAAUAUUAAGUCGUUCACAGACUCAGACACUGGAAAGUUUGGAAUUCAUUCCUCAUCAUGUUGGAGCCUUCUCUGUGGAAAAAUAUGAUGACAUCAAGAAAUACUUAAUAAAGGCCUGUGACACUCCCCUGCACCCUCUGGGCAGGCUCAUGGAGACCCUGGUCGCGGUAUAUCGAAUGACAUACGUAGGUGUGGGAGCCAACCGUAGGUUACUGCAAGAGGCUGUGAAGGAGAUCAAGUCCUACCUUAGGCGGAUUUUCCAGCUGGUGAGGUUCUUGUUUCCAGAGCUUCCUGAAGAGGGCAGCACAAUUCCACUCUCCGCUCCUCUGCCAACGGAAAGGAAAUCCUUUUGUACUGGGAAGUCAGAUUCCAGAUCUGAGUCACCAGAACCAGGUUAUGUAGUUACCAGUUCUGGAUUAUUGCUUCCUGUGCUACUACCUCGACUCUACCCCCCACUGUUUAUGCUAUAUGCUCUGGAUAAUGAUCGUGAGGAGGAUAUUUACUGGGAAUGUGUUUUGAGACUAAAUAAGCAGCCAGAUAUUGCUCUUCUGGGCUUUCUUGGGGUACAGAGGAAAUUUUGGCCAGUGACCUUGUCAAUCCUGGGAGAGAGUAAAAAGGUUUUACCAACCACAAAAGAUGCAUGUUUUGCCUCAGCUGUAGAAUGUCUUCAGCAGAUCAGCACAACAUUUACUCCAUCGGACAAACUUAAAGUCAUUCAGCAGACUUUUGAAGAGAUCUCUCAGAGUGUCCUGGCGUCACUUCAGGAAGACUUCUUGUGGUCCAUGGAUGACUUGUUUCCUGUCUUCUUAUAUGUGGUGCUACGGGCCAGGAUUAGAAAUUUAGGCUCUGAGGUGCACCUCAUUGAGGAUCUAAUGGACCCAUAUCUCCAGCAUGGGGAGCAGGGUAUAAUGUUCACCACCUUGAAGGCAUGUUACUACCAGAUCCAGCGUGAGAAGCUUAACUAGGCUGCGCGACAGCUUGACAAGUGGAUUAUCUAAUCAGUGUGGCACAGCACCAUCUGGCUUCCUCUUGGUGGUGUUGGAACUAGAAUGUGUUGUUUUGAUGGUUAUUUCUGAGCCUUACUAAUGAUCAGAGCUCUGAGCCCAGGAAAAAAAACAAAAACAUAUUUUAAAGGGACUAUUGAAAAAGAAGCAGAAGUCAGGUUAUACCAUUCUCUGGCCUAUGUUAGGUUCCACAAACACCUGCUGUUUGAAAGGAGAAGAUAUUCUUUCCUCUAGUAAAGAGUAUGCCAGCUAUGUAAGAUAAUAAGAAAAGUUCAGUAUAACAUCUUACAUCCAAGAAGCUGUGAAAUAUUUUCCCAAAAGUUUCUGGUUUGCCUGCAGUUCCCCCAGACCCCUUUGCAAAGAGCAGAUUGUACUUGAAACCACAGUAACCACAUUUUGCCUUCCUGGAGUCCUUGGAAUCAUGUGUGCAUCAUGCUUUGUUGCUGGGGAAGGGGAAAGAGGAACUUUUCAACUGCAGUUUUAACUUUUUUUAAGCUUUUCCAUCUGGGUGUUCCUGAUGGGAGAGGUCCUAUGCACUGACUGCCACCCCACCCCCAAACAUGGCUGCGUCCCCGAAUAUCCUCAAACAUGGGCUAGUCCCAUAGGAGCCUCCUACUGGAAGAACGAGACGAGGAAUUGUGUUCUUGGUUUCUUAACGGUGCCACAGAAUGAAUACACUGGAAUUCAGACGCUGGCUCUGGCUCCGCCCCAUCCACGUGAACACGCCGUCCCCCGCGGCCCGGGAGGGCGCGCCUGCGCAACUUCUGCAUGCAGGCUGUGUUUGGAACAGGACUAAAGACUGGGGGAUAUGGACACAGUGAACUGCAUCCACCCUUGACUUGCCUGGUGUUGAUUCUUCCCUCUACCUCACACUGAACUCACAGAGGGGACGAAAAAGGAAAUAAGCUCUGGCUUUCCCGCCUCAAAAGUGUUGUGACACUUCAUCAUUUUAGUGUUUUGCUUUUUGCCCUUUCUUUUUCCCCAAUGUGGAUAACACUGUACAAGUAACCCUAGUAGCUGUUUUGAAUAACAUAGGUGCUCUUCCUCAUCUCAUCCCCUACACACCAUGGUGAGCGUACGGACUGUGUUUCUGAUUUAAGUGAACAUCAGCAUAUCUGAAUUAGGUUUGAAAAAGGAUCAUGGUUUCUGCUCUACUUUAUAAUCAAGACAAGUGUUUAUUAAAAUACUGUUUUGGGAUGUUGGCUGUAAUGUAACAGCAAUUUUCAUAAUAAAAAGCAUUCAUCUUUAUAAGGUGGUUUUAUGAUUGCAAAAAAAAAAAAGACACGUACAGAAGAUCAAAAGUUUAAAAUAAACCCAGAGUUCCUUUUUUUUUUUUUGACUCACAGUGUAGUCUGUGCUUCUUUAUACUGGCCUUAGAG